AUGAUGUGGAGUAGUCCUGACAGCAAGGCACUACCCACUAAACUUUGGGUUUCCACUACCACAAUCCCCUCCCUAUGCUACAUAAAUACAGAUGUGUACCAGGUGCCUCCACACUUGUUACUUUUUACUUUACUAAAACUGAAAACCAUGAAGGUUCUUGUGGUACUUGCACUAGCUGUUUUUACAGGUUGUCAAGCCAACCUCUUCUAUGCUGAUGAGCCCAAGCUACAGAUGGAGCAGUUGACUGAUGCAUUCUGGAGCUAUGUUGCCAAGGCAACAAACACCGCAGAGGAAACCGUCCAGAUGAUCAGGACCUCCCAACUGGGUCAGGAAGUCAAUGCGAAACUAACACAGAGUGCUGACAUGGCCAGCGAAUAUGCUAUCACACUCAAAAACCAGAUGAAUCCUCUGGCUGAAGAGCUGAUGACCAAAAUCACAAAGGAGGCUGAAGUGUUGAGGGAGCGUUUGGGUCAGGACCUUGCCACAGUGAGAGACCAACUGGAGCCCUAUGCUGACAAUCUCAAGAGCCAAAUUCAGCAGAGAGUGGAGGACCUCAGAGCAGCCAUGGCUCCAUAUGCAGAGUCCCUCGAUUCUGAGACCCUGAAGGCCUCUCUGCUCCAGAGAAGUGAGGAGCUGAGAGGGAGCCUGGAGCAGAGCGUGAAGAAGCUGCAGGCUCAACUGGAGCCCUACACUGCUGAAAUCAAAGAGAAGGUGGACCAGCGCCUGCAGGAGUUCCAGAAGACCGUAGCCCCCCUGACUGAGGAUCUCCAGGCCAAGAUUGCUGAGAGAGCCCAGUUUGUCCAGCAGAGUCUCACACCCUAUGCUGAAGACUUGAAGGAAAAUCUGGACCCCUAUGCCCAGAACAUAAAGGACCAGCUCACCUCCCUCUAUGAGUCUUUCAUCAAGACCAACUAA